AUGCAAGGAGAAAUGACCAUCCUUGUAUUCAUAAUCUGCGAUUCGAUGAUUUCCUCCUAUGCUCGUCAUGAUGGAAAAAAACCUAACUACUAUGAACUACUUGGCGUUAGAAAAGAUGCUACACAAGCUGAAAUAAAAGCAGCUUUCUAUGCGAAAUCGAAAGAGUUGCACCCGGACAAGGGAAGCGGCGGCGAUUCCUCGGCAGCGUUCGUGGAACUGAAAGAAGCUUACGACGUCUUGCGUCGACCUGCGGAUAGGCGCGUUUAUGAUCUGCAGGACCACGAAUACUAUAGGGAGAUACAUAGGAAUCCGUACUAUCAUUACCAACAGCAUAAUUACCAACAAAAGCGGGCAAGAGAAUGGUCUCGUUUCUGGGGUGACAAUCCCGGAAUGUCAGCAAAUGUCAAUGACUCAUACUAUAGAAAGCGUUCCCAGGAGGAAUGGCGAUUCAUUUUGAAGUGGACUGCUAUUGGAACAUUCCUUGUUGUUCUCUACAAUAUUGGUUAUGUAAUCCAACUAAGAAUUCAAGAAAGGAAACUCUCCAGGCUUGUAGACGAGGAUGAAAUAGCGAAAUCGUUUCUGAGGCAAUCAGAAUUUCGAGACAAACCUGCAGAUCCCCUUGAGAUGUACGACCUUGCUCGAAAGUUAAAAGGAGAUGUGGAUGAGGCUUGGAGGAGAAGAAUUGAGGAUAUGGCUGGGAAGAAUCCAAACGAAAUCAGGGAGGAGUAUAGGGUUAGUGAGGCGAUAGAAAGUCUGGGAUGUGCUCUAAAGUGGUCCAGAAACUUCCUCUUGAUUCUAGGCUUACAUACCGCUAAACAUCUCUACUUACGUGGUGCGACAGUGAUUCUCACGUGUCGAGAUGAAGUUCGAGGACGAGCUGCAGUGGAAGCUGUCCAAUCUCAAAUGGAUACGGGUGAAGAGACUAAUUCUGGCAGGUUACAUCUAUUUACGGUAAAGUCGAAUUUCGAUCGGAUCGAUGCGCUCAUUAACAACGCUGGCGUUAUGGGGUUGCCGUUUGAAUUAUCGCGAAACGGUAUUGAAAUGCACUUUGCAACGAAUGCUUUUGGGCAUUUUGUCCUCGUUAACAAUUUGCUAUCACUGCUCGAGAAAAGCACCGAUGGGAGAAUAGUGAUAGUGUCUUCUGGGCUUUAUAAAGGGGUGAAUCACAUUCCCUCUCUUCGCCAGCUGAUGGGCGAACAAGAUUGGGAUUAUGAACCGAGGUUUGCGUAUGGUUUAAGCAAGUUGGCCAACUGUUUACAUGCUGUGGAAUUAGCAGGAAGACUCUCAGCCAACCACUGCUCAACUAAAGUGUACGCCAUACGUCCAGGGUUCAUCGGUGGUACUGAAUUGGGCCGUGAAACUCAUUGGCUGUUACGAUCACUUGCAUCGCCAAUUAUAUGGAUAUUUUCGAAGAGUCUUGACCAGGGUAUCGAAUCCAUUGUAAAUUGUGCAAUUACACCAAAUGAUGAACUCACAUCUGGUGCACUCUACCAUGCUUGUCAUGAAGAAGAUUAUGGACCUAUGGUUACUCCGGUCAACGCGGCUAAUAUGUGGCAUACGUUCACAUACAUGGAACAACUGGUCCUAAACAGAUGCCAUUCUUUAACGGAAGAAGAGAGGUGUCAAGCCGAAGAAGGACGAAAAGUCUUGCCAUUUGCAUCAUAG